AUGCCGAUCGCCUCCAAGCUCCUCUACUUCCAGCGCCGCCCCUCGCCGGCGCCGCCGGAGCCCCCCGACCCGCGCCGCCGGCCCUGCCGCGGGGCGAGCGCCUCCGCUCCCCGCCGCCAGCGCAGCUCGGCCGUCUCUCACCACCACCACCACCACCACCACCAUCAUCACAAGCCGGUUCAGGACCUUGUUCCAGCAAACCAAAGAGAUGGUGCUAAGCUUAUGGGAUGUGCUGGAAACAAACUAGAACAUAUAGGGGUCGCAUGCUCCAGCUCAAGGCUAAACCGCAGUGUGUCGGAUCAUGGACGGCUCCCUGAUGCUGUUCAACAGGCUAGGGAAAGGCUUCUUCAGAGGCUUAAUAGUGUGGACUUGUCAGGAAGGAGGGAAAACACUUCGUGCUCCGAAACCAUUUGGGCUGGAGUAGUAACUCAUCCUGCUGACAUUGGUGUCUCCAACUUGUCCGAUAGCGAACUUGGUAGCCUAACCAGUUACUUCCAAUCCAGUGUAUCCAUCACCACCUACAACGAAGUUCAAGAAACAUUCCCUGAGCCUUUCAGCACCGUGGAUAAGUGUAUGCCUGUCACCCCGUGCACCGAACCGAUCCCUGUGCUACAAGAAACGGCUUGCGAAGACGUGGAAGAAGGCGAAAACACCGGGCCUUCACUGGAGUGCUCGAUAUGCUUGGAGAGGUGCGGCGAGGCAGACGGGCUUAUGCAGCUGCGCUGCAAGCAUGUCUUCCACUCGGCGUGCCUGGAGCGGUGGCUUCGAUCCCACGGCGACUGCCCCUACUGCAGGGGCAGUGUGCUCCUGACGUCGGAUGAAUGA